AUGUCGCAACGUGGUAGUCCUUCCCCACGAGUCGCCGAGGCCAUUGGGCGCAGCCCUCAUCACGAAGAGCGCCAAGAAGAAAAGGAUCGUCCUCGUUUCCGCUUUGGGCUAGCGGUACAUUCGCGACGAAAACUGACCCAGCUCGGGUCGCUUGCCGCGUACGUCGUUUUGGUAGCGCUAGGUUCGCUUUGUCUGACGUCUCGUCUCCACCUUCACACCUCGAUGCCGGUGUCGAGAACAUCUCCCACGUUGGAUCUUACCAUGGACGAUACGAGUGCCACCAGUACUCUUCCCGAGGAGUCACCCGUGUCUCUGUGGCGUACACUGCUCCGAACAAAUACCAAAGCCGUUGCUGCAAAGGAAAAGGCAUCCGUAUCCGUUCAACUCGCCCAGAUGUCCAGCGAACCCUUGCCUCCAGGUGUCGUGGAUUUGCCCCAAACCAUCAAAAGUACCGAGAUUCCUCCCACCAACAAGACAUUGGUGGUAGUCCUGGGCGACUUGCGCUGCGGAGAAAACGCGUGGCAAUCUCUCUACCGAAACGUGCUCGACGAAAACAUGGCCGAUCUCGCGGUCUUUUCCCAAGUACCCGUACAAGAAACCUACCGACACGCCAACGUCAGUAUUUGGGAACGAGCCCGCCACGUCGAGAUUGUGCCGCGGUACCACGAUUGGGCUGAUGCGAUCGACCAUUUGGCCGGAGAAAAGCUCUGGCGGGACGAGGUCCUGCAGCGCUACACUCCGCACACGCAUCCACUCAUGCUCGGGGGAAUCCGCGGCUUUCAGUCGAGCGCGGCUAUUGUCUUUUGGUUCCGCUGGUACUUGGCGCAACGCAUCCGCACGUUGCAGUGGGCAACGCAGUAUGAUCGCUUCAUCAUUACCCGGACCGAUCAGUACUACUCGUGUCCGUUACGUAUGAAUACGCUCCAGCCGGAGCGUAUUUGGGUGCCUACGGGGCAGAACUAUCGCGGAAUAACCGAUCGAUUCUAUAUUGCCCCGGCCGAUGUAAUACUGGAAACUUUGGAAGUGUUUCCACUCUUUUUGCGACAACCAGACAUCUUUGCCAACUUUACGAGCAGGCUUAUGAAUCCGGAAACCUUCCUGCGAACCAUGUGGACGAAAGCCGGACUGUUGUCCCGGGUGUACCGAUUUCGUCGAAUCAUGUUUACCUGCAUGACUCCGAUUGACACCACAAAAUGGGGAGUCAUGCGAGAGAAGGUUCAGGAAGGAGUCCAUCUCAAGUACCCUGGGGAGUACACUGACUUGGCUGAUAUUUGUGAACGAGUUAACCAUCCGGAACGGUACCCGUUUCCUUACCGGAAAGGUUUAGAGCGAGAAGAUCUUCAAUAG